AGAUGAAUUCGAGGAGAUUGGUGCAAAGGGCUGUCUGCCAGUGCGACAGCAGAUUUCUGGGUGCCAGAGCCGGGAAGACAAGAAAGUAACACAUUCCCCUGUUCAAAGCUUGCCAGAAUGCUGAAAUACUCUAUCUCUCUAGGAAUGUGGACAAAAGCGGCUCUCUCUUAGUGUGCGCGGUAUCCCAUAGCCUUGCCUUAGGUGAAUGUGGGCUUUGCUGGCUGUCUCCUCCCCUCUCUCGCCUUCAGCCCUCAUCUCCUCAUGGGGCUGCCUUGACUAGCCGGCUCUGAACCCUUUAUCCUUUGUUGGCAGUCGUGAUGCACAUCUGAACAAAUACCAGACACAGUCACCAAGUGUCAGCUCUACAUACCCUUUAAAUCCCAAGCCUGGAAAGAACCACACACGGCAGGACUGAGCGGCGACGUCUGUACGGUUAGCCAGGUACACGGUGCGCACAGUAUAAGGUGGCCUCCAGACUCAAUGCUCCAUCUAUCCUCAGUCGCUGCAGAUUCGGACCCUGCACUCUCUGCCUUCACAACAGGACCCAAACUUCCGACGAGCAAGAUGACGGCCCUCUUGCCACGAGAGAUUUCCAGCAAGUGUGGCACUACCACCAUUGUAGACUCUCACUCCUGGAGACAUCAGGAUGGAGAGGAGACGAUACCCUUCCAGUCAGAAGACAUCCGUCCUGAAAUGAGAGAAGAUAUCCAUGAUCCCAGCUACCAGGAUGAGGAGGGGCCCCCACCCAAGCUGGAGUACGUCUGGAGGAACAUCAUCUUCAUGGCCCUGCUGCACGUGGGAGCCCUGUACGGGAUCACACUAGUCCCCUCCUGCAAGGUCUACACCUGGCUCUUGGGAAUAUUCUAUAACAUAGUUGCCGGUUUGGGCAUCACAGCUGGGGCUCAUCGCCUGUGGAGCCAUCGAACCUAUAAAGCAAGGCUGCCCCUGAGGCUCUUCCUCAUCAUGGCGAACACCAUGGCUUUCCAGAACGAUGUGUACGAAUGGGCCCGGGAUCACCGCGCCCACCACAAAUUCUCAGAGACACACGCCGACCCUCACAACUCCCGCCGUGGCUUUUUCUUCUCUCACGUGGGUUGGCUGCUUGUGCGCAAACACCCGGCUGUCAAAGAGAAGGGCGGAAAGCUGGACAUGUCUGACCUAAAAGCUGAGAAGCUGGUGAUGUUCCAGAGGAGGUACUACAAGCUGGCUGUCACCCUCAUCUUCAUCACCCUGCCCACAAUGGUACCCUGGUACUUCUGGGGUGAAACUCUCCGACACAGCCUGUGCGUCUCUACUUUCCUGCGGUAUGCCGUGCUCCUAAAUUUCACCUGGCUGGUGAACAGUGCCGCCCACCUCUACGGACACCAGCCCUACGACAGGAGCAUUGGUGCCCGAGAGAAUCCCCUGGUGUCAGUGGCAUCUUUAGGCGAGGGCUUCCACAACUACCAUCACGCCUUCCCCUAUGACUACUCUGUCAGUGAGUACCGCUGGCACAUCAACUUCACCACGUUCUUCAUUGACUGCAUGGCUGCCCUGGGCCUGGCUUAUGACCGGAAGAGAGUGUCCAAGGCCGCUGUCUUAGCCAGGGUUAAAAGAACUGGAGAUGGGAGCCACAAGAGUAGCUGAGUUUGGGGUCAUCUGGUCUCUGUACCAUAACCAGCUGGGCCAACAUUUAAUGUUCUGUUAACUACUGAAUAAUGCCACCAAAGCCCACUCCAUUCCCCACCCCCUCUCUGUCAUCUAUUCAGCUCUAUAGACCAGGCUGGCCUUGACCUCACAGAGGUCUUCCUCCCUCUGCCUCUCAGUUGUUGGGAUUUAAGGGGUGCAUCACCAUGCCCAGCUCUGCCAAGUAUUCUUGGCAAAUGCUCAAGGCAGCUCUCCUUUUUGGCUUCUCUGUCUUCUAGCCUCCACCCCAACACACACUUUUUUCUGUUAUGCUUCUCCUCCUUUUCUCCUUCGUUGCUUCUCUAAGAAGCCGUCUGUGAGUGCUUGGCCCACCUCCAAAGGUUUCACAGAUUUUCUGAUGUCUCAAAGUAAGGACCCUUAUUGCAGACCGUUCUCUGUUAAGGUUUUUGCCCAAAGCUAGUGAAACAACAAAACCUUUUUAGGAAAUGUCUUAUUAAGUGUCUUUAUUUCAUGCUUUUCUAAAGGAAAGUGAAAAAUAGCAUUUGUUGUCACAGAAGUGCUAAAGCUGGCAAAUCUCAGGUGGGGAAGCAUGCAGGGUGUGACUCAGAGGUAGGGGUAAGAUCGAGGUAGGAACUACUGGGCAAAAUAUGACCUCCCACAGACAGACGGGGCCCUCCCGCAGACAGGGUCCUUCCACAGACGGAGCCCCAACACUGAGCCCGUAACAGCCAUUGAACUGGCCAUGCUAGAACACAAUGAAUGUCUCUGCAACUCAGUCUGGUUCAGGCCAAGAAGUAAAGGGAAAACCAUUCAGUUAGUGAGAAAAGAGAUCUCUCAGAGGCUGGAUUCCACAAGCUGCACUAGAAAU